GGGAACCCGGAAGCGCUUUCCCUUCCUGGUGACACCUCAGCAGCCACCUCAGCCGGAGGAGUGAGGUGGCGUCGGGACAGUUAGCGAGCCCACCAUCCCUGCCGGCGCGGCGCUUCCCCCCCGGCGUAUGUUCUGUCGCUGCCUCUUGGCUUCCGCGGCUCGUGUCGGUCCCUCGGCUCUUCGGCUGGGCGCGGCGGCAGCGUCCUUGGUUUCUUCCGCCCCUUCCCCUCGCUUGCUGCUCCUCAUGAAGCCGGUGGUCGUGUUCGUUCUCGGCGGGCCUGGCGCCGGAAAGGGGACCCAGUGCGCUCGCGUUGUGGAGAAAUACGGUUACACACACCUCUCAGCAGGUGACCUGCUUCGAGAUGAGAGGAAGAGACCAGGCUCUCAAUAUGGAGAGCUCAUUGAAAGUUACAUUAAAGAUGGAAAAAUUGUUCCUGUUGAGAUAACCAUCAGCUUGUUAAAGAGGGCUAUGGAUGAAACUAUGGAAGCCAACGCACAGAAGAAUAAAUUCUUAAUUGAUGGAUUUCCCAGAAAUGAAGACAAUCUUCAGGGCUGGAACAAAACCAUGGAUGGAAAAGCAGAUGUAUUGUUUGUUCUCUUUUUUGAUUGUGACAACGAGGUGUGUAUUAACCGUUGCCUUGAAAGAGGAAAGAGCAGUGGCAGAAGUGAUGACAACAGAGAAAGUCUGGAAAAGAGAAUCCAUACGUAUCUAGACUCUACCAGGCCCAUAAUAGACCUCUAUGAGAAAAUGGGCAAAGUUAGGAAAGUAGAUGCCUCUAAAUCUGUUGAUGAGGUUUUUGGCAAAGUCGUGAAGAUCUUUGAUAAAGAAGGCUAGUUCUCUACUUGAACACUGUUUUCAAACUUGCUUGAAUCUUGCUUUAAGAGCUGCUACUAUAGUUCAUUUUAUAAUGGUGAUAAAAUAUGCUUUUUUAAACACUUUUGUGUUGAAAUCCGUUUUAAAAUGGUUAAUUCGAAAACCUGGUUUGAAAUAUGAGUUAGAAUUAGAUGUGGUUUGUCAUUAAGAUAGAUACAGUCAAAAAGAUUUGCAACUGGUAAAGAACCCCAAUUGCACAACAAAAAUAGUAAUUAAAUGCUAAUCCUAGCUAUUUUCAGAAAGCAUCUGGUGAUCCCCUGAAUUUUUCUUUUCUUACUGCCAAAAGCCAUGGUUUUUUUUAGAAUCCAACAUACUGAAAUUGUAAAUAUAAGUAAGAGGGCCUGUUGAUUUUUUUUUUGUUUCUUUUUCUUUUAGUUUUGGACCAAAUAAGGGGAAAUCGUAUGUGUUGUUGUUUUUUUAUGAUAUUUGCUGUUUUGAAUGACAGGCAGUUGCUGUAAGCAAGUUUUAAACAGAGUAUCCCCUUUGUAUUGAAUAGUUCGGUUGAAUACUUGGUUGCUAAUAAAGCAAUGACCCUCAUGAGGCACCCCAAUAUUAACCACACUACUUGAAACUUGUCCCGUUGCUUUGACAUUUUGGUGCUCCCUGUAUCCCACACAUGCUUGAAGGCGAAGCCUCUGAGAAAAGGAACCGCACAGCAUGCAGAGUGUGUGCAAGUGUGGCAAGAGGGAGAGCUCCUUUUCCAAAGAUAAUGAGGAGCAACAGUAUCUGGAAAUCACGUACGUUAUAGUUUAUAAUCGGUGGGUUGGAUUCAAUCUACGUUGCACUUAGGUCCCACUGAAAUCCAUUUGAAAAGUUUAGUCAUGAUUAAUAUUAAUCCCGUUGAUUUUAAUGGGAGAAUGCAAUCAGCAGAGCAAUCCUUAACAGCUCCUCCAGGACCCAUCCUGAUAAUCCCAUUUCGCUAGUUUUGCACUGUCUACCCCCCCCCCCAUGAGCACAGCAGAAGCCUCCACCACAGCAAAACCAGGCAAAUACAUACCAUCUCAGAGAGUUAGGACUGCAGCCUAAUUUAAGUUGGGUCAAGCCUAGUGCAUUUAGGGCUGAGGUUUCAGAUUAUGUAGGUGCUGCACACAUUUAGGUGUCCGUGUAUUUGAAGUAAUAUGGGCAUUUUUUAUUUGCACUACCCACAAGGGUUAAGGAAUCAGAUAUUUGAAAGCAGCUAUUACGGUAACAUUCACUUGCCAUACAACUCUAGCUGCAUGAUAAAAUUAAUCUAGAAGCUUUGUAACAAAAUUAUUUAUUCAGUGAUUUGAAGUGUAUGUUUUGAGAUAGCUUGGAGGAGAAAUUCUUAUGAUUAUAUUUUCCGCUAAAAUUGUAUAGCUUGAACAUUUUGGCUCAAUUAUACGUUUGAUAUGGUUUGACCAAUAUAAAAUCAUACUAGAUCUGUAUUGUUUAAAUUUAAUGUGUUGCUGGUGGCAGAAAUGAGUUUUUAAUAACUUGAUUAAUUUGGAUAACAAAAACAUACUGAAAGGCUUGCACAACUGUUCUAAUUGCACAUUUCUUAAAUUUAAAAAUGGCAUAAAAAUAUGGGGCUGGUUACUUAAAUCUGUGGGAUUAUUAUUCUUUUUAAUUUUCUUAACAUGCCCAUUGAAUAGGAUCUGGGAAAUGUGAUGAUGCAUACUUAUUUGUGUACUCAUUAAGGUUUCUUGUGAUGGUUGCUUCAUAAGCUACCAUUUUAACUAUGUUUACAACUAUUAUUUUUCCUAUUUAUGUCUCUCUCUCACAGAAUAGCUUUUAGUGAUAUAUUUUGUCUUUUAAUUGAAAUAUAAUUAAGGAACUGCAAUUGACUUUGACCAGCUGAACAUUUGUGCUUUGACUUCACCGGUGUUCUCAAGAAGUAUAAAGCCUAAGUGAAAAUGUGUGGUAUUAGGAUGAGAUUUUUGCAUUAAAAUACACCAUGUUAUUGAGAUUCGUCGCAAAAACUUUGAAAGGUGCAGCUAUUUUGUGGGGGGAAUCAUGGCCAACUUUUCUCAGAGCGUGUACAAACCAACACAUAGUCUUAUUCUAGAGAAUUGGCUUUUCAAGUUACUUCCCCACAGGGAAACCUUGACUGUCUGCAAAGAGAGCCCUGUAUAUCUGCCAUAGAAUCUGCUUGUUGCACAGGAUUCUGGGGAGUAUUUUGGUGUGCACUCGACUCACAAAGGACUUUAGGAAGGUUUGUUGCAGCCCAGCUGUUACUCCUUGCAGACUGAGUACUCCAUGUAGGACACACAUUCCAGGAAACCCUCUCCUGAUCCAUUGUUAUCAGUUUUGUUUUGUUUUACUGAGGAUAAUAAGCAUCUAUGGAACUCUUGGUUCCUUAUGAACAUAGUUUGAACCAUUGCCCCUAAGCAUACUGCCCCUACUUGUAGUAACAAUCACUAAAGCUGAUUAAAAUCACCAUCAAUUCCCCCCACAAAAAUCAUUCUAUAUACAUCUUUGAAAAUGGGAAAAUCUACUCUUCUCCCUUUCUGCUGUGAAGGACAAUCUCUGCGAUUUGCUUAUGCCUUAGUAGACAUGCUUAUGGCCUAAAAUAGUGAAUUUGGGAGCUGGGAUCCUUCUUGUUGGUAGCUGGCUAGCAAGUAUUUCCUGGAAGUGGGGGUGAACCUGGUGUUUAUAAGCAUACUGUGUUCUUGGACUUGUCUCUCCCAAAAAGGAAAGGUAAUCUAUUUGUAGUGAUUGUCUGCUACAGCAGGAAGACAAAAAGGGAUUCAGUGGAACUAAAUUCAGGCCUGAGUCAAAGGAGGCUUGAAGAUAGAUGGGUGCCCAAAGGGCUUCUUCAAAUGCUCAGAUAGGAAACCUGUAUAACCACAGUUUGUGUGCAGAAUGCUGCCACAUGCUUUGAUUGUGGCAUUUCCUACACUUCAAUGUGCUGGGGGUAAAGGAUCUAUGUAUGCUGAUCCUGUCUGUAGGCUAUCAAAUAAGCCAACAUAGUAUCAAAUGGCCUGAAGUGUUACCAACAAAACCUUUUAGAAAGUCCUUCCGUAAAGUUAGUCAUUAGAUAAGAAUCCUCAUUGUAGUGAUAUUGCGGUGUUUGAAUUUUACGAAUAUUAAUCGAAGUAUGUUUUCUUGCUAUGUAUUCUGCUAUCCGUUUGAAAACUGAAACUAACAACUAUAUAUUUUAUUUUUAAAAAUAUGCUACCAAUAUUGAAUUUGGGAUUUAAUCGUGUUGUUUAAACAAUUGGGAUUGGUUCCUUUUGUCACUCUUAUUGAUGCCAUGAAUGCAGUGUUUUUCUCCAAACUGACUUCUCUCUCUCCAACCCCAAUUUGGAGCAGCAAAUUGUAAAAAAAACUUCUAAAAUGUACACAAAUAAAAUUUUGUUCUCAAAUAACCUACUGGUGAAUUAUUGCCAUUAUGUGUCUGCAAAACAUAGCGGCUCUACCACUGUUUUUUGUAGGAACACAUGUGGGGGAAGUAGGGCAGGGCUGUCUGAAAAUCCAAACACCAUCCUAGUGAUAUUUGUACUCGACUACAGAUGGGAGGGG